AAAUGGAACAUGGCGAUUGACAGAUGUAUGUACACAUGCUGACACAGACAUGGAUACAAUAUCUAGUCUAAAGAAAACCCUGAAGCAUUGGGAAACCCAAUUCUGCAAAGAUCAUAGUCGAAAACCAAAGCAGGAAGACAUUGAAGAGGCACCAGACGACAUCAAAGUUGCCUAUUCCCAGUACAGUAAGCUACGGAAGGAGGUGAAGAGUAAGAUAAAUUCAUCAUGUUCAAAGGCUACUGAUGACACAAAUUCCUCAAAAGAGUCGGGGAAGGAUAAGGACGGGGGUACUUCACACGGUGUUGCACCUCACAACAAAGUCAAUUCUGAGAAUCAGUUUACAGAUUUGGAUGAUGGAGGCAAUGAGGAGGAAUGUGUAGAUAAUUCAGUUAAAACACAAUAUUAUGAAAACCAUGACAACGGGACAUGUACAGACAAAUCAGCUGCAGAGCCAGAGAUUUGGGGAAAGCAGUUUGAUAAAAAACUUCCAAAGAGUUCUGUCGAUGUGAAGCCGAACAGUUCGAAGAAAAACAAUGUUUACUUAAAAGGCCUCGGCAGUAAAUUAUUCGCGAAUUCUAAAAAGUUUGGUGAGAAAGAGAUUAAAGAGCAGUCCUUUGUAAGCAGACAGUGGAAGCAGGCGGCGCGGCAAUGCGUCUCUACGGUAACACCAGCUGGAGACGAGGAGCAGAGUUUUACUUGUUUUGGUGACGAUUCAGAUGAUAUAGACCUGAUGUCUUCUGAUCAAGUGAUCAAUCAGACAGAAGAAAAACCCAUAGAAUCUUCAAAGUUAAACAUGUUUAGAAAAGCUGUUUCUCUUUCAAGUCAGAAAUCCUACAGUCUUCCUAAGUCAGGAGAGGAGGAAGUGGUUGUUAAUGAUAAAUACAGUACAACUUGUAAGGUCAGAAAUCAGAUUCCAGUCCUACCCAAAUCAUCAAAGGACAGCUACGAUUUUAGUGAACCAAAGGACGACGAAAUUGAUGGUACAGUAAAUACUGAGAAAGCAGAGUAUGAUACUGAACUACACAGCAUAGCAACCAAAAAACCCAGACAGAAAAAACCAAGAACAAACACGUCACUGGAGAGUGAAGAACAAUCUCACUUAGAAACAUCCAAACUCCGUAAAGACAGCGACAACAUAGAACUAGAUAUCAUAAAUAAAGUCGCAGCAAAGUGUGCAGAAACAGAAAUGGUAAAGAUUGCACCAACUAAGAAGACGUACCAGAAAUGGACAGGAGAGACGGUUACACCUGACUGUGUUCCUAUGGAAACGGAGCAAAGUAAAGAUGAGGAGGAGGAGGAUGUUCCUAUCAUUUCUAAGCAGAACAGGAAGCGGAAGAAAGACAAAUGUGAAGAUGAGGCUCAAAGAAAAAGGAAAAAAACUGAAGUUGAGGAAAAUAUAUGUAGUACAGGUGCGCCCCCUAGUGAUACAGGAGAUCUGUUGGGUGGUGGAGAUGAUGUCAAGUCCAGCGUUGCUCCCAGAAAACAGUCAGCAGCAGCCCCAGGGAGAAAAGUCUCCCAGAAUAAUUUUGUGCGCCUUAAUAUGAAAGUGAAAACUUACAAGCGUAAAGGAGGUAAAGGCAUGACAGGACCGCAGCACAAGCGCUUCAUGUGGAAACAAAAGAUGGCCGCCCGCAGUGCUAGUAGGGGAGACAACUGUUUCAAGUGCGGACAGCCGGGUCAUUGGGCAAACAAAUGUCCGGGUGGCUCCUCAAAAUCUGGAAAGUUUGGAGGUGGUGACAGACACGAGGAACCUGUCACUGAAGAGGAUUUCCCAAGUCUGCAGGAGGCAGCAAUGAUGGCAAAGGGUAUCAAGGUCAAUAAGUCAGAGGUCAAAAAAGAGAAAAGGGUGAAGAAGACACAGAAGGACACAGAGGAUGUUUCCCAGUAUUCUUCUGAAGACGAGGAUGACGAAGAUGUUCAGAUUGAGGCUGGGAUCACAAGAUCGGCCCCGGAGGAGGCAAUAGUGCCGCCCCCUAUUUCACCGUUUAUCACAUCCUGUACGGAAGAAACCCCAGAGGAUGUUUGGAAAGGCUUGAAGAUGUUUGGAUACGAUGCGUUCAGGAGAGGACAAGAAAGAGCUAUCAUGAGAAUUCUGUCUGGUCAGUCCACGCUGGUUGUCCUGUCGACAGGGGGAGGUAAAUCUCUGUGUUACCAGUUACCGGCCUAUCUAUAUGCCAAGAGGUCAAAGAGCAUCGCCCUGGUGAUAUCACCUCUUGUUUCCCUCAUGGAGGACCAGAUUACAGGUUUACCUGCUGGGUUACAUGGGGCUUGUCUUCACACCAACAUGACGCCCGCCCAGAAGGAAGGUGUUCUGGCUGCAGUCAAGGAUGGGCGUGUCCAUUUCCUGUUGGUGUCUCCGGAAGCAGUUGCUGGUGGAAGCAUGUCUUUGCUGAACUCAAGUGCUAACUUGCCAACAAUCUCCUUCGCCUGUAUAGAUGAGGCUCAUUGUCUGUCAGAGUGGUCUCAUAACUUCAGGCCUGCCUACCUCCGCCUCUGUAAGGUGUUACGUGAAAAGUUUGGUGUGCAUUGUUUCCUUGGUCUGACAGCUACUGCGACACUGUCAACUGCCAGUGAUGUUGCCAAACACAUCGGCAUUGUGGAUUGUGACGAGGCCGUUAUCCGGGGCCCACCUGUCCCGCGGAACCUGUUCCUGUCUGUGUCCCGUGACGAGGAUAGAGACCAGGCGCUGAUAGGAAUGCUACAAGGGAAGAGAUUUGCUGAGUGCGAGUCUAUCAUCGUCUACUGUACUCGACGUGAACAGACUGAACGAAUCGCCACACUCAUCAGGACCUGUCUGAAGGAGGAAAAGUCACAAGACUGGGAUGAUGGUCUCGGUAAAAAGAAAGGUGGAAGAAAAAAAUAUGCUUUCUGGGAUGCCGAGAGUUACCAUGCCGGUUUAACGCCAGCUCUGCGAAAACGGGUCCAAACCGCUUUCAUGUCAGGACGACUGAGGGUUGUUGUAGCAACGGUGGCCUUUGGGAUGGGCCUGGAUAAGUCAAAUGUCCGAGGAAUCGUCCACUACAAUCUCCCAAAAAGUUUUGAGAGCUACGUUCAGGAGAUCGGACGAGCGGGAAGGGACGGUAGAGACUCGCACUGUCACCUGUUUCUCGAUUCAGAGGGUAAAGACUUGUGUGAGCUGCGCCGUCACACCUAUGCCAACACUGUCGACUAUCGUACCCUCAAGAAAUUCAUCCAUAACAUUUUUGUGCCUUGUCACUGUAAAGCUGUACAGAAACUUCAGCAGGAAGCUCAGAGAGAAAAGGAAGAAUGCGAGGAAACAGCAAAAAUGUGUGCGACAGACUGGGAUGAAGGAGACAAUUUGACCACUGAGGAAGACACAAGUUUACCACCAGGGGGAAGCACUUGUGCAGCAACACCAGGGGCAGAUACUGUUGUAUCACCAGGGGGAGGCACUAGUGUACCUCCAGAGGGAGACACUGUUGCGGCAACACCAGGGGGAGACACAGGUGUAGCAGCAAAGCCCCGGCUUUGUCCCGGUCAUGAAAGGGCCAUGCCAAUAGAGGACACAGUGAUGAGUUUGGAUGUCAAAGAGGAAGGACUAUGUACACUGAUGUGCUACUUAGAAAACCAUUCUCAGAGGUGGCUACAAUCCAUGUCUAACGUGUACGCCAACUGUCAUAUACAGUGUUAUGGAGGCCCCAGUCAGCUACAGAAAUUUGCAAAGAAGUGUCCACCGGUUGCUGUGGCAAUAGCGAAGGCUAAGAAGAGUGGAAAGACCUUUAGUGACACUAACAGUCUGUCGUUUUCUGUGGUGGAGGUCAGUGACUGUAUGGGUUGGGCGUCCGGCCCAGUCAAGCGGGAGCUUAAGACACUUGCAUGGGACUUCAACCAACCAGGUGCACCAGGUCCUGUCAAAAGCGGGGUACUUGUGGAAUUCUCCGAUCUGGCAUUCCAUUUCCGCUCACCAGGUGAUCUUGAUGAUGACGAGUUGGAUGAUGUUCUCCAGUUCUUACAUGACAGGGUCCAAACACAGGAGAAAACAGAGACACAGCAACUCAAAUACCUAUACAACACUCUCAGGAGUGUUUCUCACAAGAACUAUUGGAUGUGCUCAGAUGAAUUUGACAAGAGAAAAGAUGAGAAAUUGAAAACGGUGAUUAUGGACUACUUUCAGGAACAGACAUUAUUAAAUAAGGCCUUGGAGGAAGCAGAUGACACAUCAGAGGUUCCACAAUAUGAACUUGGUCAACUCGCGACUGACAUUCGUCAGUUUGUGAACCUUUAUGGUACAGAACACAAGCUAAAUGGCCGAGCCGUGGCCAGAGUGCUCCAUGGAAUUGGUAGUCCCUGUUUCCCCCCGAACGUUUGGGGACGAAACCGACGUUUCUGGCGGGCACACAUGACCAUUGACUUCAACAUGGUAGUAAAGAUAGCGACUAAAGAGCUCAUCAGUAUGAGGUGACCCUUCCUCAGAGUCUUAAUACUAACAAAAUCGUUUGGCAAGGACAGAUGAAAUGGGGUCAAAAUAUUUUGAGUGGAUUUAUUAAUACACGAUCUGAUCAGUUAAAUAAAACUUCCUACAUCCUUUGAUCCUAAUUUCAUGCAAAUUUCUCAUUAUUAUAUCAGAUUGCAAGUAUGAUUGUAUUUGUAAAUGAAAAUACUUAAAAAACGUAAAAAGGUUUGUCUCCUUAUGUGUAUUUUGAGUGUUCCACAAUAAUAAGAAAGUUAGGGUCUGGACAUGUACACUGGUGUUAAACAAAUGUCUAAGGAAAGACAACUCCUGCUAAAUCACAGACUUGUGUGGUGUAGUAAACAUGACUCCUAUAAAAAGUGACAUUGUAUCUUGUAUUACAUUGCUACCAAAAUUAAGGUGACGUUUUAUUACCAGUGAAAGUACUCUUUAUUGCAAACUUAUGAUAAAUCCUUUGAUGCAACAUUUCAUGGAAACAGAAAUGUUAUUUAAUCAAAGAUUGAAAUAAAAUUGAGAUGAAGUCUUUGUGGUUUGGAAUGUAUGUUAUGAUUGUAUGUUAGAGCACAUCAACGGGAAUAGGUUUUAACAGAACUUUAACGUGUACAGUAAUAAUGUGAAAAAGACACCUCACAUCUCACUAUGUAUAUAUUGAAGACCGCCCUAUCUUGCUGGCUGGUUGUUUGGGUACAAAGUCAUGUCUACUAUUACUGUAAAUAAGACAGUUUCAGUCAUGUCUACUAUUACUGUAAAUAAGACAGUUUCAGUCAUGAUAAGGUAGAUUAAGAGGCCUUCCAAAGUAAAUGAGUAUUAAUUGUGAUGUCAUAAUUUAAUGUGUUGAUGAAUAUCAGUGUUGUAUGACGGUCGUAAGAGCAGGUGCAACAGAUUAGCAGUUAUUGUUACAUAUGUAUUAUCAGUGGACUCGAGAUUGAGGUGUGAAGCAAUGCUAUGUGAUUAAAAUUUAA